CAGCAUCGAAACACAUCACCUUCAUACCCACAGAGAUGAAUUCUAAAGCUUACUUGCUAGUGUUGUUCCUCGGAGUGAUGGUUCUUCUCACCACUCCGGCCUCCUUCGCCGAUCACCAUGAGCCUCCCAAAAAGGAACAUAAGCCUCCCAUUCAUAAGCCUCCUUCUGCUGAAAGGAAGUUGGCUGCAGUGGAGGAUGGCAAGCCUAAGCCACCUCCUAAACACAAGCCUCCAACACCACAAGACAACGACGAUCACAAGCCAUUCCCAGAACACAAGCCGCCUAAAGGUAAGGGAGAGGAGCCACCUCAUGAGCACAAGCCUCCCCACAGGCGGUUGUUGGCAGAGGAAAAUGUUGCUGAGGAUUUGUACAAGCAUGAGCCAUCAAAGGGCAAGGGAGAGAAGCCUGAACAUGGGCACAAGCCGCACCACCCUGGACAUAUGCUUGUAGAGGAGGAGGCUGAGAAGGAUGAACAUAAAAACCCAUUUGGAAAACCACCAAAGGGAAAGGGAGAAAAGAAGCCCCCACACCACCCCGGACACAUGUUGGCCGAGGAAGUCGAGGAAGAGGAUUCACACAAACACCCAUUUGGUAAACCACCAAAGGGUAAGGGUGAGAAGCCUCCACACCAUGGCCACAUGCUAGUAGAGGAGGAAGACCAACGCCCAUUCGGAAAGCCACCAAAAGGAAAGAAGAAACCUCCACACCAUCCAGGACACAUGCUUGCAGAGGAAGUUGAUGAGGAGGACUCAUACAAACACCCAUUUGGCAAACCACCAAAGGGUAAGGGAGAGAAGAAGCCUCCACACCACCCAGGACACAUGCUGGCAGAGGAAGUCGAAGAGGAUGACUUACACAAACACCCAUUUGGUAAACCACCAAAGGGCAAGGGAGAGAAGAAACCCCCACACCACCCUGGACACAUGCUAGAGGAAGUUGAGGAGGAGAACUCGCAGAAGCCACCACGCAAGUUGAAGCCAUCUUUCCCUCCACACAAACCACCACACAAGCCUCCACAAGCCAAUUAAGUGCACACAUGAAUACAUAUGCUUCUCUUUAAUAUCCUAAAUCUUAACCUAGUUUACUGUAAAAAUAAGAGCUUCUAGUAUCCUUUGCUUAGCGUAUGAACUAUGUUGGCUGAGACUUGUUGGUCAGUAUUGCAACUGGGUUGAGUCCAUGUUGCACAUUCCACGCAUGAGAAUGGGUUUGUCGUGUGUGUGCUUUAAUUGUUUCUUCGUGUCUUAUGAACAAUAUAUAGACUUCUGUUUC